AUGGAGCCGCAGCCCGGCGGCGCACGGAGCUGCCGGCGCGGGGCUCCCGGCGGCGCCUGCGAGCUGGGUCCAGCGACCGAGGCAGCGCCCAUAAGCUUGGCCAUCCAUAGCACGACGGGCACCCGCUAUGAACUGUCUGUGCCACCCGACGAGACGGUAGACGGGCUCCGCAAGCGACUGUCCCAGCGCCUCAAAGUGCCCAAGGAGCGCCUGGCGCUGCUCCACAAAGACACCCGGCUCAGUUCGGGGAAGCUUCAGGAGUUCGGCGUGGGGGAUGGCAGCAAGCUGACGCUGGUGCCCACGGUGGAGGCCGGCCUCAUGUCCCAGGCGUCUCGGCCAGAGCAGUCGGUGGUACAGGCCCUAGAGAGCUUGACUGAGACCCAGGUCAGUGACUUCCUGUCUGGCCGCUCACCGCUGACCCUGGCACUGCGCGUCGGAGACCACAUGAUGUUCGUCCAGCUGCAACUCGCAGCUCAGCACGCCCCUCUGCAACAUCGGCACGUGUUGGCCGCAGCUGCCGCUGCAGCUGCUGCCGCCCGCGGAGACCCCAACACAACCACUCCCGUGUCCUCACCUUGCCGGCCUGUGUCCAGUGCUACUCGUGUCCCUCCAGUGCCCAGCAGCCCUGCCCCUGCCUCUCCCUCACCGGUCACAGCUGGUUCCUUCCGAUCCCACUCGGCCUCCACCACCUGUCCCAAACAGAUGGACUGUUCCCCCCCUGCCAGCAGCAAUGCCAGCACCACGUCCACUCCUGGGGUCAGCCCCACCCCCCGGCCCCGCAAACCUGGCGCUGUCAUCGAGAGCUUCGUGAACCAUGCCCCGGGGGUCUUCUCAGGGACUUUCUCUGGCACGCUGCACCCCAACUGUCAGGACAGCAGCGGACGACCCCGGCGCGACAUUGGCACCAUCUUGCAGAUCCUCAAUGACCUUCUAAGUGCUACGAGGCACUAUCAGGGCAUGCCUCCCUCACUGACCCAGCUGCGCUGCCAUGCCCAGUGCACGCCCGCCAGUGCGCCAGCCCCCGACCUCGCCCCCAAGUCUACCUCCUGCGAGAAGCUGCCAGCUGCAGCCCCCGUCUCCGUCCUGCAGGGUCAGAGCCAGAUCCGCAUGUGUAAGCCGCCAAGUGACCGGAUACGGCAGACAGAGAACCGGGCCACACGCUGUAAGGUGGAACGUCUGCAGCUGUUGCUCCAGCAAAAUCGGCUCCGCCGGAAGGCCCGGCGUGACGCCCGCGGCCCCUACCACUGGCCCCCCAGCCGCAAGGCUGGACGCAGCGAUAGUAGCAGCAGCGGGGGAAGCAGCUCAACUGAGGCCACUGGCCUGGGCCUCGACUUUGAGGACUCCGUCUGGAAGCCGGAAGUGAACCCCGACAUCAAGUCUGAGUUUGUGGUGGCUUAG